AUGUCCCAAUCCCCGGAUCAGAUUAUCCGCCCAACACUCUUCCUCAAAAAGCGCGAAGACAUAACACAUGAGCAAUUCCACCAUCACUGGACCACUAGUAUGCAGCAGCUCCUACACCAUCUACAACUCUACGUGCCAUCCCUGGAAUGCUUCACCAACGCUCUCGACGACCCAUAUUACAAGGAAGUUGUGGCCCUCGACGAGGAGAAGUUCAUUUCGGCCAAAUCCUGCAUGAGAACUGUUGGGUAUGAAGAGUGCUUCAUUCUAAAUGACCAGGUUGAGAACCCGCUUUUGACGGGUCGAAGUAGUAUUCAAGAUUGCAGAGGGCCAUGGUGUUGGUAG